GGAAAACCCACUUUUAAUAUAGUCACAUGAAAGAAAAACACUUUUCAACAGACUUAGGAUCAUUCAUGUAUGUGUCAAAUACCAAAGCCAUAAGACAUGGCACAUGCUAGUUUUACUUCUGAGGAUGACCAGUUGCGAGAUAAAUGCUUUUUGUCCCACUUUGCAGAAAUUUUAUCAAAGGUGAACAACGAUGGGAAUAAAGUGUUUAUAGAUGCAUUGUCACUCAUGGAGUUUACUUGUCUAAAACUACAUCAUGAUGAAAUAGCAGGUGGACUAUAUUCUGAGUGUCACUAUGUAGGUUCAGUGGGGGAAGGCAUCUCAGGUUUAGAUAUUUUUUCAAACAAUUCAGAUAUAGACAUAAUGUUUGUGAUGAAAUCAGUACAUGUAGUUGAAAGACGUCCGAUAAAAACAAAUAAAAAAUGCGAACAACUUCUGAAGAUGAUCGACGCUGAUACGACACCUGGUUAUGUCAAACUGAAAAUACUAGAAAAUGAAAUUGAUGAAAACAAUGCGAUGAAAGAAGACGAAUUCCUUCCUAACUCGAUUGUACAAAAAACUUUCCAAGCAUAUGGCAAUGCAUCGAACGCUGGACUACUGAGCCGCAUGGUUGAACUUCUUGGAGAUAAAAUGACCAUCAAUUGGUUUGUUAACGGUCCUUCUUGUUCAACAAAUUUGGAAACAGGCAAUCGAAACAUACUGACAAAUAGAUUAGUAUGGAUCGAGUCUGUAGAUUGUGUUAUAGGAUUAAAAUGUAACGAAUGGCCUGAAAUAGCUGACGAAUGGAUCGAAAGAAACAGAGAGUACAACUGGCCUUCAGGAGACCUCAUAGAAAAAGCAGUUUCUUUGGGAUGCUAUGUUGUCCCAAUUGGUGGUCGUCAGAGUAUAACUCAGGACCUCGAAUGGCGCAUAUCUUUUGUUCUAGCAGAAAGACUUCUGGUUCGAAAUAUGAAAUACAUGCAACUUUUCGUAUAUUCCUUGUUAAAAUCUAUCAGAAAGGAGAUAUUUGGGGAAUUUUCCAUUAUAAUAUCGUCCUACAUUAUUAAAACGGUUGUUUUUUGGGUAAUGGAAGAAAACGACGCACCAUCCUGGAAACCAGAGCAUGUGCUUAACUAUGUCCAAAUCUGUUUUCAAAAAUUGUUGGAAUUUUUAGAAGACGAUUUUUGUCCUAAUUACUUCAUGAGAAAAUGUAAUUUGUUCCAUUUGAAAUAUUCUGAUAAUGAAAAAAUACGUUAAUUCGUUUAGUCAAAGAAUUUAUAACGUCUCCAAAUUUUUUGAGAUCGUUGUGUUCUCUUAAUGCUAUAGAAAACGUUCGAAGAAACAUAUACGGUUUAUGUCGUAUACCGGUAAUAUUUAGUACUUAUAUGAACUAUGUAAAAGAUAUCCGCGAUACUUUGGUUUUUAGAUAUAUUUCAGAAGAUGUAAUUAAUCGUUUUGCAGACAGCAUGGUUAAUCGUUCAGAGGAGUCGGAUGCUAAUAUUGCUAUUAAAUCCAUAACUUUGGUACUCAAAGCUAUGAAAAAGAACAAAGAAAAUUUCUCACCCCUUCUGAAAGAGACAAUCACAGGACAUUUUUCUUGCUUGCAGAUUCGCUCUGUGUGCGCUGCGACUCAUCACAAUAAGAAGGCUUUGUCUGAGCCAUUUACACUUCAACAGCGAUUUGAUGUUGUUCAUUAUUUGAUUGAAAAUUCGAAGUUGAAGGUAGAAAGUCUUACUUUUGGAGAAGUUGCACAACUAGCCCAUGUAUUUUUUUCGUUUGGAUGUAUCAGGAAUUGUUUGGAUAUAUUAACGCCAGCGCUGGAUAAUAUGAUAAAAACACCACAAA